CCGCGUUGUGUAACCUGGUGUUUUCCGAUGCAAAAAGAUGAAGGGAAUCUCGUGCGGGGUUAUCGAUGCCUAAUGUGUUUACUCCUUCUGGCCUUCUUAAUAGAAAUCAUUGAUUCGGUCCACAUACAAAUCUUACAACAUUCUCUAAUUGAAUUCAUUUCACAGCUUAAACCUCACUUCGGGUAGUUAUUCGUGAUCCAUAAUGGAACCUACGAUGGGCCAAAAAAACUGGCUUGAGCGCAAGGCUAAAAAGGCCAAAGAUCAUGUCAAGAGCAUCAAGAAUUAUUUUAGAGGCAAAGAAAAGCCCGAAUACUCCCAAACAUCAUCUCGGACGGAAAGCCCAACCCCCGAAAUCUCAACCUCCCGGCUCGGUACAACGACGAUCCAGUCCGCAAGUCAUCCAAUCCCGCCCCUCGUAGCCGCAAGACACGCGAAUGAUGAAUCAACUAAUUCGCCACGCAUAUCGUCCGACUAUACAAUUCGUAGAGAUGUAACACCGAGCGAGCCUUCCCGCAGUAUAACGGACCCGAUAAAACCUAAUAACGGUAACCCAUCGGAUAUGUCACAGUCUAGCCCUGCUGUUGACAUAGAUAGUGAGGUCAGGAUAGAAACGCCUACCGACAGCCCGGGUAAAAGUAGUUCCGAAGAGCUUCUAGGCCCGGACCAGCUUUGGGCAGCGGCGUAUAAAAUGUUUGAGGAAAAGGACCCGAAGCUUUUGGAAGCUUACGAUGCAUUUUUACUAGAGGAAGGUCAUUUAGGACAAGCAAACAGUAACGAGACAAGACCUGGUGAUAGAAACUGGCAAGAACAGGUCCAAAAGCUCGCCCAAGAAAAGCUGGAUGCGACCCAAAAGCAGAGGCUAGUCUUCCAAGUGCGAGGGGAGGAUUUAGUUAUUCGCGAUCAACUUCAGAAGACGAUAGGGUUCAUUGUUUCUACCAAAGAUGUCGUGGCAGCCGCCAUUUCAUCAGAACCCUUUGCCGCACUAGGUUGGGCUGGUGUUAUGUUCGUUUUUCCUUUCUUAAAUACGAUGCUGCAACAGGACAAAUAUGCCGUAGAAGGGUUUGAAUGCAUAUUGCCCCUUUUGAUCCGCUGCAAACUCAUAGCGGACGACUUUUUACAGCCAACUUCUACCAACUCGAACCCCCCGGAAAAUUAUUAUAACGCCGUUCUUUCUCUCCAAUCGAAGAUUGUAGAAUUUUACUACAACGUCUACAAAUACCAGAUUUCAGUUCUCGCACACUAUAGCCUCUCCUCUCUCGGUAGAUACUGGGCAGAUCUCAAGGUCAAGAAUGACUGGAAAGGAACUGCUAACCAGUUUAAGGCCACAGAGGAAGAAAUCAGAGGAGAUAUAGAAGUCCUAUCUGCCCAUAAAACUAGCAUGAUAGAUGAGAAGCUUCAGGAUUUUCUGACUAAGAGUAAACAGCUCUUGGAGAGUUUCAACAGGGCUAUAGAGAGCAUAAAGGAAAUUGAACAAGCUUCACAUCUUGGCCAUCUUCCUGUCGCUCAUUCUGCAGCGUUUGAAUCAUCAGAAGCAGGUCGACAAUCCUGCAUGCCAGGCACUCGGUUAGAGAUCUUGAGCCGCCUGCAAAACUGGAUCGAGAACUCUACAAAGCCAAUUUUAUGGCUUCAUGGCAUGGCUGGCACGGGUAAAUCCACUAUUGCUCAAACGGUUGCUGAAUGUUUGAGUAAGAAGACCUCCUUUAGCAAUGACUCACAGCUCCCCAACAACAUAUCUCUCGGUGCUACUUUCUUCUUCAAGCAAGACGACAGUAAUAGGAACCAUUCGGGGGUUCUAUUCACAACCCUUGCACACCAAUUAGCCUAUAGGCCUCUCGGCCUAGAAAGUGAGAUAGCCGAUGCCAUUAAGCAGCAUGCGAGUCCUAACAUAGGUGUGCGAGACAUAAAAACACAAUGGGAAGAGUUGAUCCUGAAACCUCUGAAAACAAUUCAAGAAUAUUCGUCUUCCAAAACACGCCUCGUAUUUAUCAUCGAUGCCCUAGAUGAGUGCCGGCAUAAAGAAACCGGAACCAUGAAAAGGAACGUUCAAGACAUUGUCCAUUCGCUAGGACAGGUUACAAAACUAUCUGGGAUUCAAGUCCGGGUCCUCAUAACUAGUAGGAACGAAACUCACAUCUAUGCCGCCUUUAAAUCACUAAAGGAAUCUUAUGAAGAAUUUGAGCUCCCAAAAGUUAUACUGGAUAACCUCCGCGAUGACAUAACAAUUUUCCUUAAGAGCAAUCUUUAUAAUAAUUGGAAAAAUAAUGGGGUCAGUUCAUACCGGCUUAGUCCACAAGAUUUCCGCAAGCUUAUUGAAAAAACUGGCGGACUAUUUAUCUACGCAGCAACUGCAUGCAGAUUCUUGAGCGUCAAUGAUCCAGAUAUAGCAGAGGGGAGGUUACGUAACCUUCUUGAAGGGAACCCCAACAAGGAGUCCCCAGAGUCCAACUUGGACAGCAUAUACUGUGCAGUCUUAGAUUCUUAUACCCGAGGCUGGAGCGAAGCUGAAAAGCAAGGAGAGUUUUUACUGAAGGAGAUUCUGCGAUUAAUCGUGACACUAUCCAGGCCCUUGCCAAUCGAUUCGCUGGCCGAGUUUACGAUGUCGAAAAAACCGGUAUCCAGAAUAGAAGAAUGUCUACAAAGUAUACGUUCUAUCGUCGAUAUCCCAAAGAAGCAUGAAUUGCCAAUAAGCCUAGUACACCUCUCAUUCCGCGAAUUCCUCUUAGACAAACAGAGAUGCGAGAGAACCGGCUUUUUCGUUGAACCAUCCACAGUGCAUUUCCACUUAUUCGAAAGAUGUCUCGAAAUUAUGUCGCAACACCUCCAUAUGGAUAUGUGUGACCUUCGAAAACCGGGCAUUCUUUCUAUCGAAAUUCCACCGGAUUCGGUACAGAAGUCUAUCAAACCACAUCUGCAAUACGCCUGCAAGUACUGGGUUAAUCAUCUCCUACAAAUCGGGGAAACUCAGCUACCAGAGGACGUAUUAGUCGAUGAUGGGAGAAUUCACAAGUUUUUGGAGAAGCACAUUCUGAACUGGCUUGAAACACUCACUUUGAUCGGAGAGGUUAGAAGCGCUAUUCACACAAUUAAUCAUCUAAAGACAUUGAUCAAUACAUCAAAAAGCAAAGAACUAUCUGACUUCCUCCACGACGCAUACCGGUUUACUUCAUUUAAUAUACGCAUCAUUCAAGAAGCCCCUCUUCAGGUGUAUUAUUCUCCAGUUUUGUUCAGUCCAUCUACCAGUAUCAUACGGCGUUUAUUCUUGAAGCCACUCACUGAGUGGGUUACACACCUUCCCACUGUAGACGCAGCUUGGAGUGGUGAAUUACUGGCUAUUAGACACGACGCUAUUGUUACGUCGGUUGUGAUCUCCCCGGAUGGCAAAACAAUUAUCACGCUGUCGGGAUAUGUGACCCGACUUUGGGAAGCUGCUACAGGCAUUGAAGUUGCCAAUAUUGAUUUCUUGCCUGAUGACCGGAUUCGUGCAAUUUCAAUUUCAUCAGAUGGACAAACUAUUGCUUUGGGAUUGGACCGUGGCACAAUUCGAUUAUACGACGUGCGGACGAGCGAAACCUCAGAUCUAUUAGGUCAUGAGAAAUAUGUCUCUAGUGUGGCCUUUUCUCUAUGGCCUAAUAGCAAAAUACUGGCCUCGGCAUCGUAUGAACAGACGUAUGUAUGGGAUGUAUCAACACGGAAACCAGUCUUUGCGAAGAAGUUUGCCAAUAAAUAUCCGGAAGUUGCGAUUUCGCCUGAUGGUAACUUGGUGGCAGCAGUGUAUAGUGAUUGGGGUAAUAAAGACGUGAGAGGCAUGCAAGUAUGGGAUAUAAGAACAAAGAAGUUAGCGGCCGAGUUCAAUUAUUCGGGUGAUAUCAGAUCAAUUGCAUUCUCCGCCGAUGGGGUUACAAUAGCGUCAGUAAUAUCUGGUAGACUAGUUGAGAUACACAACACCAAAUCAUGGCUUACGCCUAUCCAUAUAUUACACAAGGAAUCCCCAGAUUCAGUUGUAUUCUCGCCCGAUGGGGACAUUCUUGCGAUCGGCUGCCGUCCCGGGACGAUAUACCUUUACAAUCCGGUUUCAGGAGAAAGAAUUCGCAAACUAACCACUUACGAUAAAUCCUGGGUGUGUGAUAUGGCGUUCUUUCCUGAUGGAAAAACCUUAGCGAUGGUAUUAUUUGACGCCACCGUCAGGUUAUGGGACAUUACUUUGGACGACGAAGCUAAAGUCUCUCAAGAUGAAUUCGAUGAUACAGCGGUUACAAUCCCUCGCAAUAGUAAUAUUGCCAUGGUGACAUCCUACAAAAAGACCACAUUAUGGGACUUGGACAAGUUCAAAAUCAAAAUGGAAAUACCACACGAGUUACAAUGUUCUCCCGACGGCAAAUUUGCUGCCUCCUAUCUCGAAGAAACCGUCCGGAUAUGGGAUAUUGCAACAUGCAGUCUGCUUAGGCAUUUGGAUAACGCUCGAGGCAUUUAUUUUUCACCCUAUGGUGAAAUUGCUGCCUUGUUUUCAUUUGAUGUAAUACAAAUUCUGGAAAUCGGCACCUGGGAAGAGCGCACAAAUUUCAAAACCGAAAGUGAGUGUUAUCCUAAAGAAGUACAAUUUUCGGAAAAAAAUAAGAUUCUAUUAUGGACCACGCAUGAUGGCUCUAGUUCACUUUCAUCGAUUUAUGGACCUGGAGGACGUGUGAUCCCGCGCUUACACUUACGUAUCCUGGAAAUGCACGACUUUUCCUAUUCCGUAGAAUACAGUUAUGAUGAUUAUGAGCAGCCUAGAUUGUCGCCAGACGGUACAUUGGUGGCCUUCCGUCCAACGGGAAAAGGAAAUCAUGUCCAUUUGCUCCAGAUAGACACGCAGGAAGUACGUGCGAGGCUACCAUUAAGCGAAAACGACAAAUAUACAAAACUAUUAUUCUCGCCAGACAGUACUCGUAUAGCCAUAUCGACCAUAUUGAUGGCCAGAUGGAUAAUUUGGAAUAAUGAAAGUACGGUUACCUUGUGGGACACAGCUAAAGGUGAUCCGGUGCAUAUUUUACAGGUGGAUUAUCAUGUUACGCCAAUUACGAUAGCACGAGAUGGAAAGAUUCUUCUCCGAAAAGGUGUGAAGAAUUCUAUAUUAUGGGACACUACAGCAAAUGAAGUGACAGAACUCCCUUCCCUUCUACCCGACGAUGAUUUGUCUUUCACUAAAGAUGACAAAUGCUUAGCUGGCAAGCGCGGUUGCCUGCCACUCCCAUCUACUGCUAAAGAUUUCGAUUGCCUUUAUGUCGGCGAUGAAUGGGUGUUUCAAGGAGGCGACAGACUUUUGUGGCUUCCUGAAUCGUAUCGUGCAGAAUAUCACGAAAUAGUAGUACAGGGAGGGACGAUCGUUCUGGGGCUUAAACCUGGCUCUGUCAAAUUUAUCAAAAUUGACCUCGAAAACACCCCUCUGGCGAAGCAGCAUAAAGGAUCUUCGCAGGUCGAGCAGGGGGGCGCUAGAGUCACAGAAGUAGAGUAGCUUUAUGGUGCAUAUGCUUUAUUCGUUAAAAAGGGGUAAAUAUGGAGAAUGUCACUUUCAUCUAUUUGAUACAACAUUUCAUGUGCAGAUACUAAUAUAAUACCUAUAUAUGAGCUAGGCUUUUCAAUUAUCCUUAAGAU